AUCUAUAAAUCUGUUUUUGGCAAUUCAUUGCUCUCAUAAAAUCCCCAUAUUUCUCUUUUUAUUUUUAUUCAUCAAUAAUCAACCAUCUAUCAACAACCCUUUCCUCUUCUCCAUAAAUCUUUUUUAUAAUCAUACACAAGGAGAAAGUAGAGAUCUGGCCAUGGCUACAUUUGCAGGAACUCAACAGAAAUGCAUGGCCUGUAACAAGACUGUGUAUAUUGUUGAUAAGUUAACUGCUGAUAACAGAGUCUUCCACAAGGGUUGUUUCAGGUGCCACCAUUGCAAUCGCACUCUCAAGCUGAGCAACUACAAUUCUUUUGACGGAGUGCUGUAUUGCAGGCCUCACUUUGAUCAAAUCUUCAAGAGAACUGGCAGUCUGGAGAAGAGUUUUGAAGGAACACCAAAAAUCUUGAAACCUGAAAAGCCUGCUGAGCACAAAGAGAAUGCGCAGAAAGUCUCCAACAUGUUUGCUGGUACCAGAGACAAAUGUGUUGGCUGCGACAAAACUGUUUAUCCGACUGAGAAGAUCUCUGUGAAUGGAACUGCAUACCACAGGAGCUGCUUCAAAUGCAGCCAUGGAGGGUGCACAAUUAGCCCAUCAAACUACAUAGCCCACGAGGGAAAACUCUACUGCAAGCAUCACCACAUUCAGCUCUUCAAGGAGAAAGGAAACUACAGCCAGCUUGAGACUGAUCAUGACAAGAGUCCCACAACCGACAAACAAGCUUCUGUGGAAAUUGCUACUUAAUCAAAUGAAUUUUCUUGUAUGGAUGGCUUUUUAAUUUUUUUUUCACUUGCCAUGAUUUGUGGGCAGUGAUGGAUGGGUUGUUGAGAUUUCUAAGCGAGGUUGAGUGGGUAAAAUAAGAUUUACCACAAUUUGUUGAAGAAUUUGCUUGAAUUUUUAUGUAUUAUCACAAAUUAGUGAUCCAAAUUUAUGAAUACAAAUAUGACACCACAGAAUCUAUUAAGAAAAUUAAA